AUGCCCAUGCAAGUUGACGCCCACAGUGGUCCGAGUGAUGGAGACUCCAGUGCACGCAGUGACAUGAGUGACACCAGCACGCUUAUGCAGCGACCAAGGUUCAAAGCUUUUCCGAAACCUGCUGCAAAAGCGCGGCCAGUCUCACCACGAGACGCUGAGAUCGCCACGUGGUUCACCAUAUAUCAGCCACUUUCGCAAGUAGGCCCUGACCAACAUCAGCCGGUGCAAGAAGUCCGAGUACAGAUCGAAAACCUGCAGGAUUUUCACACAGUGCUGCAAUGGCAGGUGAAUCGGGCCAGAGACACCUGCAUUCAGCAAGAUGCCAACCGUGCGAAACUAGCCACAUGGUACCUUGAGCCCAGCAUGCUCCCACGUAGUGACCAUCACCGUGAGGUAUUACUGUCAGGGCAUCCCAACCAAUGGCCUAGUGACAUCUUGCAACGGUGGGCGGACUUCUUACAGCCAAAUCAGCCUGUCCACCUGUAUGUAGUGCAACCAGACCCACCUGGAGGUCUACCUGACAUUGUAGCGCAUGUCCUAGUCGUCCAGAAUGCCCCAGCCCAACAGGCAGCCGCACUAGUCUCGGUGACAGAGCUCAUUGAAGAUCCAUGGCAUCCCUCAAGGUUUGCACUCUUCCUUAGCAAUCAAGUUACAUGUGAUGACCUGUUUGAACACGCCGGCAUUCCGCAGGAACAGGUUGCCACCACACCUGGUAUUGGUGCAUACCAUGGCACAAGUCACAUACCUCCAGGCAGCUCAUACCCCGUGCACCAUGGCUUUGCCUUUGAAGUGGUUACUGACUCACUUGACUUUGAAGGCGAUGAACAGGCCCUGCUCCAAAGAACCCACCAAGCGCAGGUUGUACGUGCCCCCAAAGAAGCCUUAGAGAACAUGACAACCUCCGACAGCCCGACCAGGUACAUCCAAGGAGCAGCACAAGCCAUGCAGCAGCUUACUAAUAUCAUUGCCAAGAUGGUAGCUGUACUUGCACACAACCCCACGCUCAGGUCACUGCCUCAGGAGGUCCGAGAGACUGAUGCCGCCAUGAGCCCACAGAAGCACCAGUUCAUCGUACCAGACAUCGCUGCCCUGAGCUGCACAGCACAGAUGGAGCAUGUGUCCAUUGACACAUUGCACAGAUGGCAACAUCUGGCUGCCAUGAGGCCUCAGCAAGCCAGACCCCUGGCUCCCAUCAUGACAUGGUACGUUGACCAUGAACGAUUCCCACAAUGCUUUGUCCCCAGAGAGGUUUUCGUUCCAAGAAACCCAGCCCACUGGCAACAAGCCAUCCUCAGAGCAUGGAAUGAUUUUCACUUACCAACCCAAGCUGUUGAGGUGGUGCUAGUUCAACCUAACCCUGUAGGGAUGGAGGACCAUGUUGCUGCCCAUGUCCUUGUGCUUCAACAACAAGCCCCAGGUUUCACCACAGUGCUACUGACCACCAUCGAUAGUGCAAAUCCAGACAUGCGCAGACGACACGCCACUAUGGUCCCAAGUGUCAUUAGUCGCACGACGCUACUCGCCCUGGCUUUUCACCCACAGGACUGCCAGCACAGCUCCAACACAUGUGAUGCCUGGGUAGGAGAUGAUGCACUUGAAGAACAGGACCGCAUCCAACUGACCGAGGGUCGGUCAUGCACUGCCGCCAUCCACAGGCGCCCCAUGCCGACCACCGAUGGUCAGGACCCUUGGGGCAGGAUGGUUGCCAACCCAUGCAGGUUUCGUGUCCCGAUUUGCCUUCAAGCUGCAAUCCCGCAUAAUUCGUGCCUUGUGCCAGUUGACCUUGAUGAAACCAAGCCGCAACUUCUCUGGUUUGCAAAUGAAGCCUGGAAGCUUGCUCUUGAGCAGGAAGAGCCAUUGCCACUCCUACCCUUACCUGACGGCAUGACCAUCCCCGACCCUGCGUACUGGCCACUUCUGCAGCCACCACCCACGUCCACCAGUGAUGCCCUCAGCUACACCCUCUACCUAGAUGGUGCAGCCAAUGGUCAUGAUGCAGGCUGGAGUGUCAUUGUUGUUGCAUGCCAUCCUGAGGGUGAAUCAUUCAUUGGAUGCCUCCUUGGCACUGUUCAACUUGGAUCAGCUCACCCAAACUGGCUUGGUGCCGACACCGCAGACAACAUUGCAGCGGAGCUGACUGCAAUGGUGGUGGCCCAAAAUUUGGCCAUGAGAUGGGAAGGCAAUUACAGCUUCUGCAUACGCCCUGAUUUAUCCCUCAGCCGAACGGUAGCCACCACAGCCACCACAUGCAGGUCAAAUCAGGCACUAGCAAAGCUGUGUGGAGCCCUGGGUCUAUGGCUGGGAAACAGAGUCACCAUACAGGAAAUCCGAGGGCACAAGGGCCACGCAUGGAAUGAACUAGCAGAUGCAGUUGCAAAAUGGGCCAUGCACCAACGCUGCGACCCACAUUUGCAGCAGUUCACCCAGCUUCAUGAACUGGCCACCAACCCACACGAUGUUGACUGGGUAUGGAUGCAAACCACCCAUCCUGCCCUUGCGGCAUGUUUCCCCCCGCUCACUCAACAGCAAAUCAUGCAAUUCACCAAGCCCAGCCUCCAGCUUGGUGUUGUACCCACUGAACGCAUGCCGGUAGCACACCAAGAUGCCGCCACCGCUUGGCGCCUAACGAUUUGCACAGCAAACGCUGCAACACAAUGGUCAGACCUUGACGUGGCGCACAGCCUGCCGGAUGACUUCACCCCGUAUCUGGAACAGACCGGACUACCAUGGCGGAAGCUGAUGAAAGGUCAGCCGCAACAUGCACGGAGACCAAGCACCAAGACGGCCCUGGCUGGCAAGGAGAGCCCCUCGGCAGACGACAUCAAGGCGAUUCUGGAUUCCGUGGACUCGGAAUAUGAUGAGAGCAUCGCCAGUAAGUUGGUCUCUGAGCUCGAGGGCAAAGUGGUGCAUGAGGUUGUGAAGGCCGGUAAGGAGAAGUUGAAGGGCUUCGGCGGUGGCGGCGGCGGUGGUGCGCCCGCCGCCGGCGGCGGCGGCGGUGGCGCCGCACCGGGGCACCGGAAGGAGGAGAAAAAGGUCGUCGAAGAAGAGGAGGAGGAAGAGAUGGAAUUCGACCUUUUCGGCUAAGCAAAAUCGACGAGAUACGACGUACGAUGGGCAGAUGGAGCAAAAA